GCUGCGCAGACACCAGCGCUGAGGCUCUCUAGGAAACACCCAGUGGGGUGUGCCUGCGAGGUGCCCGGGGGGCCUGGGAGCCGCCUUCCCAGAGGGCUUCUGCCGCGCAAGCCCGGGCCGGGAGGCACGCUCGGGGCUGGGGUUUUUCCUGUUGCCUGGCUGCUGACCCCCUACAGGAAGAUAACGGACGGAGGAGCCAGGAGGGCGGAGCAGCUCGCUGCACGUGUCUGGCUGCUCUUAUCAACUUAUCAUAUAAGAGGAGGCGAGUGAUCAAUUUGGACCCUGACGCGCAGCCUCGGGGGGCAGAGGAACAAAGCAGCGUGGACACGACCCCCAGGCGAGCACAGCCCUGCCCAGGGAGAGGGGCCACGCUCCCCGUGGAGAUCUGACAGCUCUCGGCAGGACAGACUCGGGGAAGCCUGCUGCCGGGGUCUCUGGGACCGGGCUCCCACACAUGGACCCUGAGCCGGGCAGCUGAGCCCUGAGCCUGCAAGGGCCGCAGAGCACCCGGUUCCCAUGCGCCUCCGAGUCUGCUGAGCUGCUGGCCCGUCCCCCAGACGAGGAAAGAAUGUGGCGGGUUGUUUUCUUUACUCUGAGCUGGGACCUGGCCCUGGCUGCAGCCUACGGCAACUUUCGGAGGAGCAUGGACAGUGUCGGGCGGAGGCAGUACCAGGUCCAGCACGGCGCCUGCAGCUACACCUUCCUGCUGCCCGAGAGCGACAACUGCCGCACGCCCUCCAGCCCCUACGUGCCCAAUGCCGUGCAGCGGGACGCGCCGCUCGACUAUGACGACUCGGUGCAGAGGCUGCAGGCGCUGGAGAGCAUCAUGGAGAACAACACCCAGUGGCUCAUGAAGCUGGAGAGCUACAUCCAGGACAGCAUGAAGAAGGAGAUGGUGGAGAUGCAGCAGAAUGCGGUGCAGAACCAGACCGCGGUGAUGAUCGAAAUCGGGACGAACCUGCUGAACCAGACGGCGGAGCAGACGCGGAAGCUGACCGACGUGGAGGCCCAAGUGUUAAAUCAGACAACAAGACUCGAACUUCAGCUCCUGGAACAUUCCCUCUCUACAAACAAACUGGAAAAACAGAUUUUGGAUCAGACCAGUGAAAUAAACAAAUUGCAAGAUAAGAACAGCUUCCUGGAAAAGAAGGUGCUGGACAUGGAGGACAAGCACGGCGUCCAGCUGCAGUCCAUCAGGGAGGAGAAAGACCAGCUGCAGGUGCUGGUGUCCAAGCAGAACUCCAUCAUCGAGGAGCUGGAGAAGCAGCUGGUGACGGCGACGGUGAACAACUCGGCCCUGCAGAAGCAGCAGCACGACCUGAUGGAGACGGUGCGCGGCCUGCUGACCACGAUGUCCGCGCCAGGCCCAGCGAAGAGCGCCGCAGCAGGGAAGGAAAAACAGGCCAUCUUCAGAGACUGUGCGGAAGUGUUCAAGGCCGGCCGGACCACCAGCGGCGUCUACACGCUGACCUUCCCCAACUCCACCGAGGAGGUCAAGGCUCACUGUGACAUGGAAACGGCCGGAGGGGGGUGGACAAUCAUUCAGCGACGUGAAGACGGCAGUGUCGAUUUUCAGAGGACUUGGAAGGAAUACAAAGUGGGCUUCGGGAACCCCGCGGGCGAGUACUGGCUGGGGAACGAGUUCGUGUCGCAGCUGACCAAUCAGAAGCGCUACGCGCUGCGCAUCCGCCUGGCCGACUGGGAGGGGAACGAGGCCUACGCGCUGUACGAGCAGUUCUCCCUCUCGGGCGAGGACCUCAACUACAGGAUUCGCCUCCGAGGGCUCACGGGGACCGCCGGCAAAAUCAGCAGCAUAAGCCAGCCUGGAAACGACUUCAGCACCAGGGACGCAGACAGGGACAAGUGUGUCUGCAAGUGCUCGCAGAUGCUCACCGGAGGCUGGUGGUUCGACGCAUGCGGUCCUUCCAACCUGAACGGAAUGUACUACCCCCAGCGGCAGAACACUAACAGGUUCAACGGCAUCAAGUGGUACUACUGGAAGGGGUCAGGCUACUCGCUCAAGGCCACGGCCAUGAUGGUCCGGCCCUCAGACUUCUGAAGGCCUGCACAGGCCAGGGCCAGCUGCUUGACUGCCCGAGACUCAGACCCAGAGCUCUGAUGACACAGCUGCGCCGUCACCUCUGCCGCCUCAGAGGGGCGCUUGCCCGCGGGGGCUCCAAAGCAGAGCCCCGAGACCCCACCACGGGCACCUGCUCCACUUGAUGAGCCGCAGUGCACCCAAGAACCGUCACCCCGUGGCCUGGCGGACGGCUCUGCAAAGACACUUGGAGCUCACGGGGAGCACUGCCGGCUCGCAGACCGGGCUGUCACUCCAGGAGUGCCCUGUGCGAGCUCCUCAGUAGUACUGGAAACCAGACGCUGGGCCUCGGGGCAGAGAGAGGCUUGGGCUGCAUUCUUCUAGGCACUGUUUGUGGACUGUGUAAACACCCACGCGCCCUCAGUGCGCCCGCUCUCCCAAUUAAAGGGCAGAAAACAAACGCGUGGCACCUUCAGGGAGGGUCCGAGAAGAGCUUGUCAGUGGCUCACUUUCUGGGAAAGGAAAGACACAGUUCACGCAUUUCUGCUCUCCUUUGGUCUUUGGAUUUUCAUCCCGAACACAGUGUACUUACGUCUGUUUUGCCGGCAUAGCUCUAAGUUAAUGCUCAAACACAGGUGUCAAGUUCGCGCAGCAGGGGCUCCCGUACCUCCCAAGGACGUAUUCUUUCUCUCCUGUAAAGACCAUGCUAUCGGUUUGGUUUGCUGCCUGGCUGUUAAAUACGAAGGUAUUUUUAGAGGGUAAAUAUAACUUAUGAGGUGAGAUGAGUACAUUUAACUGUUUUGAAAAUAUUUACUAUUUAACUUUUUUGAAAACACUUGAAAUAUUUUGAAAAUAGUAAUUUGAUUCCAAAACGACUGAUGUGUCUGGUGACAUGGAACAGUCUCCCUUUCAACGAUGAGGGAAAUUACACAUUUAAUCUGGUGACGAAGAGGCUUCGCUGUCUGUCACUCGCUGCUCGGACACAGAGGUCUCGCUCUCCUCGGGCGAGAUGUGUCCUGGAGGGGGCCCUGCUCGGUGCCCGGCUGGGCAAACCCUGCCGUUCAAGGCCUGUGCGAAGCUCAUCUCCUUGAGUCAGACUGUACUCUGAAGUCACUUUAGGAAAAAAAUUUACAUUGUUAAGAUUACAAAAAAAAUGUCUACCAGAAGACGUUUUAAGGGGUGUUGUGAAGUGCAAAGCCAGUGCCCAGUGCCCACAGUGUGCACACACGUGCACAGCCUCGGGAGAGGGCGGGGGCUGAGCUUGGGGUCUGCCCGGCGCCACCGUGGCGCCGGCCGGGUCGGCUCAGAAUCUGGGGGUGACGUCUCAACCCACCGCUUUCCACUCGGCUGCCAGGCAGCUCAGGGCCGAAUCUGCGGCCAGCACGAGCUGCACGCCCGUCUUCAUCCACACUCCCCUGCCACAGCCGUGCCCUCUGUCCACUGUCUUCUCUGGCCUCUGUGACCUGCACAGGCCCCACCCGCCACGGCUACACCCAGUGUGAGGACGCCCCACAGCGUCCCGCGCAGACUCGUCCGCGGGCUCCGGACGCGGCGGGCGCUCUCCCUGCCCUGCUGUGUUGCAUUCUCAGCAAGCACGCAGACUGAGUCGAGGCCACCACCCAGAUCACAUCUAAGGGCCCUGUAUUCCACAGAGGGGUCAGCUUUGCACCAACUGCAAACCAUCCCACGGUGAGAAAACACCAGCGGCUGAAAGGCAACAGCAAGUUUCCAUGGUCCCUUGACGAGCCCAGGGCAGACACACUCCAGAAAGAGAUGACCCAGGACCAGCUGUCAGGGUCCCCAGUCCUGCCCCUGGCCCCUUGUGGGCAGGCUGGGCGCCUGUCCGCGGUGACGCGCCCCCUGGUGUCCAAAACGACACACGCGCUCGUCCGACAGAACGGGGUCUGCGGGCUCACUGUGCCGCAGUGCCUACCAGGGUCUCAGAGGAACUCCUCUCCCCUUAAGAAAGCAUCUACAGAGCUGACCGGAAUUCAAAGCGGCGAUCUGAAAAAUGAAAACGAAACAACCCAGCAACCUUGAACACCACAGUGCCUCGGGGCAGAGCCGACUCCUUCUCACCCGAGGACCCAGUGCCACAGCCAAACAGCCAAAACACAGCGCGAGAGCACAGACGAGUCUCUGCUUGUCGCCCAGGCGCUAGUCUCUUAAAUAAACAGCCUGUCCCGAACCCGGUGACGUGUCUGAAAAGGAAAGCCGGCUUCUGCUCAGUCCAGCUUCCAAGUAAACCUGAAAUUACUGACUAGACUAUUCCUCAAUCUUCAAAACAAGUUAGAACGUGGGACUUCUCCAUGAGCAUCUGGAAGACUCAGAGUGAAGCGGAGGCGGGUUUAGGAAAAGCACCGAAGCCCCACGUCCACGGGCGGCG